UUGUGGUAGCACCUAAAGGGGCGGGGUAUCGAAAAGAAGACGAAUGUAGCCGAUAGCAAACAAGAUUGGCAAGCAAGUAGGAAUUUUCCUACUAUUCUAAUUGUCCUCAGUUUUUCGGGGAAAGAGCCACCAAACAUCGCCUUUUUGGUCAUCUGAAAGCGAUCCCGGUAGUGGACAACAGAGAAGUCUGCCUGCUUUCCCCUUUGCGUCCAGUAACUAAGUCAUCAUGUCAGCCCCAGGUUACCCAUCCCCUCACCAAGGUCCUGGAAGUUACUCCAUGACCCCUUACCCUGUUCCUCAGGUGGGGUAUGGUGACCCUAACCAAGCUCCACCACCGGUUGGCUUCCAUAUGGGCUACAACCACCAACAACCCCAGCCAGGCCACCCAGUUAUGUACCAGCCUGGACCAGUAGGCCAGGGCCCAGGUCCUAUGCCCAUGCCUGAAUAUGGUGCACCUCAGAUGGGUCCUAGCCCAGGCUAUGGUGGUCCCAUGCCCGGGCCCGAAUACGGUGCUCCUAACUCAGGGCCUCAUGCAGCCAUCUCCCCAGCCCCUGCAGGAGUUGUGCCAGUCGGCGUUCCACCUGGUCUGGAGUACCUAACACAGAUUGACCAGAUCCUUAUACACCAAAAAGUGGAGUUGCUGGAAGCGUUCAUCGGCUUUGAGACCAACAACCAGUACGAGAUCAAGAACAGCCUGGGUCAGAAGAUCUACAAGGCCAAAGAGAAGAACGACUGCUGCACGCGCAACUGCUGCGGCGCCCUGCGCAGCUUCGACAUGAAGAUCAAGGACAACAUGGACCGUGAGGUCAUCCGCCUCAUACGACCCUUCCGCUGUGCCUCUUGCUGGUGCCCCUGCUGCCUGCAGGAGCUCGAGGUCCAAGCCCCGCCUGGCACUACCAUAGGCUAUGUGUCCCAGGACUGGAACCCCUGUGUGCCCAAGUUCUCCAUCAAGGGUGCCAACAAGGAGACCGUGAUGAAGCUGGAGGGACCCUGCUUCGCCUGCAACUGCUGCGGGGAUGUCAACUUUGAGCUGACGGGGAAAGAUGGAGGCAAGCCCAUCGGCCGCAUCAGUAAGCAGUGGAGUGGCCUGCUAAAGGAGGUCUUCACUGACACAGACAACUUUGGCAUCCAGUUCCCCCUGGACAUGGACGUCAAGAUGAAGGCCGUGCUCAUGGGCGCCUGCUUCCUCAUUGAUUUCAUGUUCUUCGAGAAGGUUGGCGACAUGAACCAGCGCAACACAGUCUUCUCGUAACAAAGGAAAAAGGAGGGAAAGACCGAGCGCUUGAUUCAAUGCACUCUGUUUUUCAGUUCCUGUUCGGAACCCACUUUUUUUCAGAUUCCGGAUGAAACUCCUUCCUUAUUCCAAAGCUUAGAUGAAGCUGCCAUUCCAUGCCAGUCCCAGAACGCUUUGUGUGAAACAGCAUGAGACCUUAUCUGACGAUGAGCUUUCCUUUGCGUCAAAAUUGCCUUUCUGGACUGUUUCUAUCCGUCCAAAUGUAAGAAUCAGGAAGUUUUUUUUUCUCUCUCUUUGUUAUCUAUAUGUGUGGGUUUCAGUACAGUAUAGAUGGAAAAGUACCAGUUUUUUAUAUCAACCUAAAUUGACAUGCUUAAGAUAACCACCUGAAUACCAUAAUGUUUAAGUAGAAAUAUUACUCUACAUUUUGCGAUUUCUGUUUUGCAUUGAUAUAUUUAGCAUCAACAUGUCAUUCAUAAACCAAAUAUAUAUGUUAAUACAUGUCCAUCUUUCUAAACUUGAAGCAGCCAUCAAAUGUAUUACUGUAGUGAUCUAGGUAAUUUCAUGAUUUAGUGUAGUACUUCUAAACAGAUUGUAGAAUUUGCAUGGACAAUACUAUAGUAACUAUACCAGCUAUGGUGUUAUUAGCUCCUGUAUCAUAUUUUGUAAGACGAUCAUGCACAUAACCAUACAAAGUAUACUUAUGCGCUAUGGUGAAAACUAGUCGUUUGAAAGACUGGGACACUACCAGUAGUGGGAGAAGGCUCAUUUUGACUAGGAAUGCUUGCGCUAAAUGUGUAGGAAAAUGAGAGAAACAUAUCUGCAGCUAUGUAUUCUAAAGUGCUCUUUCUCUAGCCUUGUCUCAUACAGUAUGUGUAACUAUGUUGUCAUGCCACACAAGAGUUGGCUAUAGCACAUGCAGUAGGGGUCAACGAGGCUCCUCUUUCCCUGCCUCUUUUCUCUUGGCUUGUCUCCCUGACUUUGUGCACUGUUUGCGGUGUGCAUGAUCUUUUCUGUUGCUAUGGAGACUGUCACUCCUUUUUCGUCUCUAGAGAUGAAAUCUGUGCCAGUAGAAACUGAAAGGAAGAGGGCGUGGUGAGAGGGGGAAACCGGAAAAAGAGAUGUGGGUAGUUAGAAGGAAAUAGUGGGUGGGAGAGAACAUUACUGAACAUUGAGGUCAGGCGGUUAGCUUCUUAACAGCCUGGAAAAUAAGAGUCAGGGAAACGCUUUACUUUCCUGUGUAACCAUGCUAUUAUAUUAGUGAGAUGAUGCCUUACCAAUUGUGUUGGGAAGUAUACUGUACUCACCCGGCAUAGAUCCUUAAUGGUUGUUUAACAGAUUUGAAUGUCUGUUUCAAUGUUCACUUGCAUACUACUUAAAAUGCAUGGCCAAUACAUUAAUUCAUUAUAAGUAGUAUUCUAGUAUGGACAUUGGUACGUUACCAUGUGAUUGGGAGGAGUAUAUUAACAGAUCAGUGGAACUGUGGCGCAAAUGUUGCGAAGAGCAGUCGUCCUUGGAACAAAGCAUUGGAACAAAGCGUUAAGUCUUUAACCUUUAUUUCACUUAUGGGUGUGUCUCAAGUUACCAUAGAGAUGGAUAGAGGACUCUUGUGCCCCAAAGCCUGUUUUAGCAUAGGCAGUGCCACUGACUUUCACCAGUUGAAGUAGUUAAUGGGGUGGGACUUCCUAUGGGUUAAGGAAGGAUCACAUAAUUCCAUCUGGGUCAUCAGGAGGGAUCAGCCAGUUAAUUAUACUCGUGAGAAAACAUUCCACAGCUGCAGGUGACAGUAAAUUGCAAAUAUUGGCUUUAUACCUGUUUAAACACAUUCCAGGUUGCAGUACCCUUUCAGUUUGUUUACCAACUCAUAGAAGGAGUAGACAGACAUUUGAUUGCUUUAAAGAGUGACUGCCUUUUUAAGAAGCAAGGAAUACCUUUGAAAACAGCAUCCAUAUGAGUAAGUUAUUCUAGUGCCAAAAUUGACUACAAAGUGUAAAUAGGAUUAUUUUGGUGAUAAAGUCAGGAACAACGGGUAAAUGAAUGUUGGGAUUUGAUGAUGUCCAUUUGCCCACUAACAUGGGGUGAACAGCUUCAUUGAUUGCUCUCUAUCCAAUAAGCAUAGACAGUGAGACAGACCUGUCCAGCAGCUCUGACUUAAAGUAAGACGACACGUAUCAUAUUUUACUUGCGAAAUACUGAAUCGGUCAGGAAACACACCUCCAAGACUCUUUAAUGGAGAUGCCCAUGCGCUCACAGAUGCCAUAUCACAAAUGCCAGAAUGGGGCAGAUGCAAAGAAGAGUCCUCUAUCAGUCUCUAUGGUCUAAAUGGAUAUCGUGUCCCUCAAUGGGGUGGGGCUGUGGUUCACAAAAGUGCCUUCACAUCCCAACUAUCUUCACUGUCAAAAUGUCCAAAUUGUUUCCCUAUUGUAAUGUACUACUUUGGGCUAAAUUGGGAGUAGGGAGCUAUUUUGGACACAAGUAUCUGUCGAUGACUUCUCCAAAGCCACUAUCAUGAAGCAUUGAAAUAGUGUCAUAUUGCUGUGUUUCAAUUUAAUAUAGGCUAUACUUUAUAAAAUGUGAGAUUGUAUUAUUGCCAUUACUGUGCUCUGUAUGCGAUAGCUUAAUGUUCUGUUUGUGUAAGCAUGACCCCUAUCAAGGAAAUAGCCAAUGGAUGUGUUUCUAGUGCAUUUUCUAUGUUUAAUGAUUGUAAAAUGCAAUCCUUAAAAAUAACCUCUGUGAUCUCCAUCUUGCUAGCUAUUAUUUUGUAUUUUAUUCAAGUGGAUAGGGUAGUGAAAUAUGAAGUGAUGUAGUUCUAUGUCAAAUUGGCGUUUUACGUACAGACGUGUUGAGGUGAACAUUUGAAAAUCGUGGGAGGCAACCCGGAUGUCUAGAGGCUGCAUUGUUUGUGGAUAGUGCUUGGGGUUUGCAUUAGGCAAAUAUGUCAAACAUUUAAAUGCUUUGGGGCAAGUGGAGAUGUUUUGUACCAUUUUUGUUUCUGAACAUUUUCCUGGGAAACUUUUCCAAAUGUUUUUUUUUUUUUUUUUUUUUUAAUUUUUUACAUACAAAAAACCCUCACUCCAUUGUUUGUCAAAAUAAAUGGCAAAUUGAUUAAGAAAACCAAUCUUGUUCUGAGGCAGAAACUAAUGUGAUUGGGAGAUUGGUUACUUUCAUGCAAGCAAUCUCCACCUGGAGGAUUUACAGUAUACUGCAACUAAUUAAACCUCCACCUCAGCCUU